GCAAGAUUCCAGCCAACGUCCGAGCUCAGUCGCUUAUAAGAUCGCAGCCAUGCAGCGCCCAUCGCUCUCGGUCGCGGCCGUCCGCGGUGGGACCGCCCGAGGCAGCUCCUUCUCGAGGGCGGCGCAGUGGGCCGCGCUCACCAAGGCGCCCUGCACCGGUAAACCGGUGCCCUUCGCCCCCUAUGUACGGCCCUCGCUCGACGACGUCUACGACAUCGACCGCAGCGCCCUCCUCGCCGCCGGCGGCUCGGCGUACCUCGUGCGCGGCCGGCACAAGGCGUCGGGCCGCGCCGUCGCCAUCAAGCGCAUGACGCGCAGUGUGACGAAUAGCGCGUAUGCGCUCAAGGAUGUGCGUGGCGAGAUCGCCUGUCUCCGCGCACUGCAAGGCCAUCCCCACAUUGUCCGCCUCCUCGACCACUUUGACGACGUCAACAACGAGCAUGGCGACGACCGCACGAUCUCGCUCGUCUUGGAGCUCGCAGCGCACGGCGACCUUCUCUCAUACGUCACGGCCCACGGCCCGCUCUCGGAGACGGCAACCAAGCACAUUGCCUUGCAGCUGCUCGCCGCUGUCGACGCGAUGCAUGCCCAAGGUAUUGUGCACCGGGAUCUCAAGCUCGAAAACAUCCUCGUGACCGCUAUCGACCCAAAUGCGCCGUGGAAGCUGACGGUGCAAGUGGCCGACUUUGGCUUUGCGACGUCGUGCCGGCAUCCGCUCACGCGGCAGUGCGGCACCGACGGCUACAUGGCCCCGGAAAUGUGCCGCAAGCAAGCGUACGGUGCGUCCAUCGACGUCUUUAGCCUCGGCGUGGUCGUGCAUGCGAUGCUACUCCACCGCCUUCCGUUUGAUGGCGCCGACUUUUCAUCAUCCCUCACGUACGGGACACUGUCGGCAGAUGCCACCGACUUUGUGCAGCAGCUAUUGCAGCUCCACCCGACCAAGCGCGCGACGAUCGCAGCCGCGCGUGCCCACCCUUGGCUUCACGACACGACAGCGCCUCUGGAAGGUUUUGUGCAGCAGCUGCUGGCGCUUGUAGUCGAGCACAAGCUCUUAUCGACCGGUGAUUACAUGACCAAGACGGCGCCGGGCCUCGACCUCCUCGCCAACUGCUUUGCCGAGGUCGACCCGCCACGGCUGGUCCCACUGGACUUGCCGACACUCCGGCGUCACGUGACGUCGCUCGUCGCCUGCUUUCAUGGCGUCUGCGUCGCGGACUGACCGCGCCGCAAACUAGUACGAUAGGAGUUAUACUCGGUAUGUAUGUGUCGACAUGCGAAUGCAGCAGUGUUGGUUUUAUAGCAUAUA